CGGUGGAGGCGGAGGAGGAAGAGGAAGCAGAAGGAGGAGGAAGAGCUCCUGCAGUCUCCCUGUGGGUGUAUUUUGAUUAAGGAGGGCUCAUUCGGCUGCAGGGAGGUAAAGCCAGCCGUGUGCCUGCUGGCUGCCGGUCAGCGAUGAGCGUCACUCUGGAUAUCCGGCUCAAAAGAGCCAACAAAGUUUACCGUGAGGGGGAGUUGCUGGCCGGGGUCGUGGUGCUCGUGAGCAAGGAGGCGGUGCAGCACCAGGGCAUCUCCCUGAGCAUGGAGGGCCUGGUCAACCUGCAGCUCAGCUCCAAGAGCGUCGGCGUCUUCGAGGCCUUCUACAACUCUGUCAAGCCCAUCCAGCUGAUCAGCAGCAACAUCGAGGUGGCCAAGGCCGGGAAGAUCCCAGGAGGCAAGACGGAGAUCCCCUUUGAGUUUCCUCUGCAGACCAAAGGCAACAAAGUGCUGUACGAGACCUACCACGGCGUCUUCGUCAACAUCCAGUACACCCUGCGCUGUGACGUGAAGCGCUCCCUGCUGGCCAAAGACCUGAGCCGCACCUGUGAGUUCAUGGUGCACAGUCAGCCGCAGAAAGCCAAGGUGUUACCGACUCCGGUCGACUUCAGCAUCACUCCGGACACCCUGCAGAACAUCCGUGAGAGGAAUUUGUUGCCAAAGUUUCUGAUCCGGGGCCAUUUAGACGCCACAAACUGCGUCAUCAGCCAGCCGCUGACCGGAGAGGUGGUGGUGGAGAAUUCCCAGGUUCCCAUCAAGAGCAUUGAACUGCAGCUCGUCCGAGUGGAAACCUGUGGUUGUGCUGAAGGUUACGCCCGAGACGCCACCGAGAUCCAGAACAUCCAGAUCGCUGAGGGCGACGUGUGCCACAGCCUGUCCAUCCCCAUCUACAUGGUGUUCCCCCGGCUCUUCACCUGCCCCACCCUGGAGACCACCAACUUCAAAGUCGAGUUUGAAGUCAACAUUGUGAUCGUCCUUCAUGAUGAUCAUCUGAUCACAGAGAACUUCCCUCUGAAGCUCUGCCGAAUCUGAGUGUGGGAAUCACAUCGACGCUGAAACCAGUCCAGCGGAGGAAGGCUGGCUUCACCUGUGGCCCACCUUACAGCACAUGGACACCUGGCCAGAGAAAUGUCCAGAGAAAACCCCCAAAUACUUCCACUUUGGGACUGUGCCUUUUGCAUCGGGUUUCUGUGGUUUCCAGGAGGCUGUUCAACACGGAGCUUGUUGUCAGGUGUGGAGCUGAAGAGCUAAACACAGAACACAGGUUGUGUUCCCUACAGGAGGCCAGAGCUCCCUCAUGUAUAGACACAGUGUGACCAAACAUGUUUAAUGAAGACAAUAUUUUUUGUGAUUCAUUUUAAAAAUGUCACUAUUUUUGGUGUUAUCCGCUGCAUCGGUUUUAUUCUUAAAUUUAUUUCGGACUUCCUCUACUAAAUGGAUCCAAGAUGGACUUUAUAAUGAAAGCCUAAGGUUGAAAAUCCACCCACGUUUCCAGAAAACAAUUUCCUGUUGACUCUGUUGUGGUAGUGUUGGUAAUGUCUGCUGUGCUGAUCUUCUGAUGUAUGAUUUUCAAAAAGUGAA